AUGAAGGCUACAGCUGUUGCUCUGCCAACAGCAUCUGAAGUCGGUGGUAAAGUUGAUAACGCCUCAUUAAAUCAGUUUGAAGUGACACACUUAGGCAACGAAGCUAAAGAUGGUCUGCAUGAAGUGAGGUUGAGGAGCAUAGGUGCACGGCUAGAAUCAAGGAUGGGGAGAACGAAAAUGCCACAACGAUGGAACAGAAAUCUGGUUAAGGAGAUUGCUUUCACUUUUAACCCUGUGCUAAGAAUGCGAGUAGGAUGA